UCUAGCUAGCAAGAGUCUAGCUAGCAAGAGUCUAGCUAGCAAGAGUCUAGCUAGCAAGAGUCUAGCUAGCAAGAGUCUAGCUAGCAAGAGUCUAGCUAGCAAGAGUCUAGCUAGCAAGAGUGUAGCUAGCAAGAGUCUGGCUAGCAAGAGUCUAGCUAGCAAGAGUGUAGCUAGCAAGAGUCAAGCUAGCAAGAGUCUGGCUAGCAAGAGUCUAGCUAGCAAGAGUGUAGCUAGCAAGAGUCUAGCUAGCAAGAGUCUGGCUAGCAAGAGUCUAGCUAGCAAGAGUCUAGCUAGCAAGAGUCAAGCUAGCAAGAGUCAAGCUAGCAAGAGUCUGGCUAGCAAGAGUUUAGCUAGCAAGAGUCUGGCUAGCAAGAGUCUGGCUAGCAAGAGUCAAGCUAGCAAGAGUCUAGCCAGCAAGAGUGUAGCUAGCAAGAGUGUAGCUAGCAAGAGUCAAGCUAGCAAGAGUCUGGCUAGCAAGAGUCUGGCUAGCAAGAGUCUAGCUAGCAAGAGUCUGGCUAGCAAGAGUCUAGCUAGCAAGAGUCUAGCUAGCAAGAGUCUGGCUAGCAAGAGGCUGGCUAGCAAGAGUCUGGCUAGCAAGAGUCUAGCUAGCAAGAGUCUGGCUAGCAAGAGUCUAGCUAGCAAGAGUCUAGCUAGCAAGAGUCUAGCUAGCAAGAGUGUAGCUAGCAAGAGUCAAGCUAGCAAGAGUCUGGCUAGCAAGAGUCUGGCUAGCAAGAGUCUAGCUAGCAAGAGUCUAGCUAGCAAGAGUCUGGCUAGCAAGAGUCUAGCUAAGAGUCUAGCUAGCAAGAGUCUGGCUAGCAGGAGUCCAGCUAGCAAGAGUCUGGCUAGCAAGAGUCUAGCUAGCAAGAGUCUAGCUAGCAAGAGUCUAGCUAGCAAGAGUCUAGCUAGCAAGAGUCUGGCUAGCAAGAGUCUAGCUAGUAAGAGUCAAGCUAGCAAGAGUCUAGCUAGCAAGAGUCUAGCUAGCAAGAGUCAAGCAAGCAAGAGUCUAGCUAGCAAGAGUCAAGCUAGCAAGAGUCUAGCUAGCAAGAGUCUGGCUAGCAAGAGUCUAGCUAGCAAGACAAGAGUCAAGCUAGCAAGAGUAGCUAGCAAGAGUCUAGCUAGCAAGAGUCAAGCUAGCAAGAGUCUAGCUAGCAAGAGUCUGGCUAGCAAGAGUCUAGCUAGCAAGAGUCUGGCUAGCAAGAGUCUAGCUAGCAAGAGUCAAGCUAGCAAGAGUCAAGCUAGCAAGAGUCAAGCUAGCAAGAGUCUAGCUAGCAAGAGUGUAGCUAGCAAGAGUCUGGCUAGCAAGAGUCUAGCUAGCAAGAGUGUAGCUAGCAAGAGUCUGGCUAGCAAGAGUCUAGCUAGCAAGAGUCUAGCUAGCAAGAGUGUAGCUAGCAAGAGUCUGGCUAGCAAGAGUCUAGCUAGCAAGAGUCUAGCUAGCAAGAGUCUAGCUAGCAAGAGUCUGGCUAGCAAGAGUCUAGCUAGCAAGAGUCUAGCUAGCAAGAGUCUAGCUAGCAAGAGUCUGGCUAGCAAGAGUCUAGCUAGCAAGAGUCUAGCUAGCAAGAGUCUAGCUAGCAAGAGUGUAGCUAGCAAGAGUCUGGCUAGCAAGAGUCUAGCUAGCAAGAGUGUAGCUAGCAAGAGUCUAGCUAGCAAGAGUCUAGCUAGCAAGAGUCAAGCUAGCAAGAGUCUGGCUAGCAAGAGUCUGGCUAGCAAGAGUCUAGCUAGCAAGAGUCUAGCUAGCAAGAGUCUAGCUAGCAAGAGUGUAGCUAGCAAGAGUCUAGCUAGCAAGAGUCUAGCUAGCAAGAGUCUAGCUAGCAAGAGUCAAGCUAGCAAGAGUCUAGCUAGCAAGAGUCUGGCUAGCAAGAGUCUAGCUAGCAAGAGUCUAGCUAGCAAGAGUCUGGCUAGCAAGAGUCUAGCUAGCAAGAGUCUAGCUAGCAAGAGUCUGGCUAGCAAGAGUCUAGCUAGCAAGAGAGCUAGCAAGAGUCUAGCUAGCAAGAGUCUAGCUAGCAAGAGAGCUAGCAAGAGUCUGGCUAGCAAGAGUCUAGCUAGCAAGAGUCUGGCUAGCAAGAGUCUAGCUAGCAAGAGUCAAGCUAGCAAGAGUCAAGCUAGCAAGAGUCAAGCUAGCAAGAGUCCAGCUAGCAAGAGUCUAGCUAGCAAGAGUCUGGCUAGCAAGAGUCUAGCUAGCAAGAGUCUGGCUAGCAAGAGUCAAGCUAGCAAGAGUCUAGCUAGCAAGAGUCUGGCUAGCAAGAGUCAAGCUAGCAAGAGUCUAGCUAGCAAGAGUCUGGCUAGAGAGAGUCCAGCUAGCAAGAGUCUAGCUAGCAAGAGUCUGGCUAGCAAGAGUCCAGCUAGCAAGAGUCUAGCUAGCAAGAGCUACAAGAGUCCAGCUAGCAAGAGUCUAGCUAGCAAGAGUCUGGCUAGCAAGAGUCUAGCUAGCAAGAGUCUGGCUAGCAAGAGUCUGGCUAGCAAGAGUCAAGCUAGCAAGAGUCAAGCUAGCAAGAGUCUAGCUAGCAAGAGUCUAGCUAGCAAGAGUCUGGCUAGCAAGAGUCUAGCUAGCAAGAGUCUGGCUAGCAAGAGUCUAGCUAGCAAGAGUCUGGCUAGCAAGAGUCAAGCUAGCAAGAGUCAAGCUAGCAAGAGUCAAGCUAGCAAGAGUCAAGCUAGCAAGAGUCCAGCUAGCAAGAGUCAAGCUAGCAAGAGUCUAGCUAGCAAGAGUCUAGCUAGCAAGAGUCAAGCUAGCAAGAGUCUAGCUAGCAAGAGUCUGGCUAGCAAGAGUCUAGCUAGCAAGAGUCUGGCUAGCAAGAGUCUAGCUAGCAAGAGUCAAGCUAGCAAGAGUCAAGCUAGCAAGAGUCAAGCUAGCAAGAGUCAAGCUAGCAAGAGUCAAGCUAGCAAGAGUCCAGCUAGCAAGAGUCUGGCUAGCAAGAGUCUGGCUAGCAAGAGUCAAGCUAGCAAGAGUCUAGCUAGCAAGAGUCUGGCUAGCAAGAGUCCAGCUAGCAAGAGUCUAGCUAGCAAGAGUCAAGCUAGCAAGAGUCUAGAUAGCAAGAGUCUGGCUAGCAAGAGUCUAGCUAGCAAGAGUCUAGCUAGCAAGAGUCUAGCUAGCAAGAGUCUAGCUAGCAAGAGUCUAGUUAGCAAGAGUCUAGCUAGCAAGAGCCUAGCUAGCAAGAGUCUGGCUAGCAAGAGUCAAGCUAGCAAGAGUCAAGCUAGCAAGAGUCUAGCUAGCAAGAGUCUAGCUAGCAAGAGUCAAGCUAGCAAGAGUCAAGCUUCAGAUGAAUGUUAUAUAUAA